UACUCCCAAUCACCUCUCCCCUCAUUUUCAUCGCUUUCAACUUUAUAUAUAUAUUCAUUGUGUUGAUCCAAAAAGCCAAAGGGAGUUCAUAGAAAUUGUUAUACAGUUCUAGCUAAGGUUCAUUUGAAAGAUACAUACAUACACACACAUAUAUAUAUAUAUGGGGAGGUCACCAUGUUGUGAGAAGGUAGGGUUGAAGAAAGGUCCAUGGACCCCAGAAGAAGAUCAAAAGCUCUUAGCUUACAUUGAACAACAUGGCCAUGGAAGCUGGCGUGCCUUGCCUUUAAAAGCUGGGCUUCAAAGAUGUGGAAAGAGUUGCAGACUGAGAUGGAUUAACUACUUGAGACCUGAUAUCAAAAGAGGAAAGUUCAGUUUACAAGAAGAACAGACCAUUAUUCAACUCCAUGCCCUUCUUGGAAACAGGUGGUCUGCCAUAGCUACUCAUUUGCCGAAAAGAACAGACAAUGAGAUCAAGAACUACUGGAACACACAUCUAAAGAAAAGGCUAACCAAAAUGGGGAUCGAUCCUGUCACCCACAAGCCUAAAACCAAUGCACUCGGUUCCACCACUGGUAACCCUAAAGAUGCUGCUAACCUUAGUCACAUGGCUCAAUGGGAGAGUGCUCGUUUAGAAGCUGAAGCUAGACUGGUUCGUGAGUCCAAGCUAGUUCCCUCAAACCCUCCUCAAAGCAACCACUUCACUGCCGUUGCGCCUUCGCCGACUCCGGCAACUAGACCGCAAUGCCUCGACGUACUCAAAGCAUGGCAAGGUGUCGUCUGCGGGUUAUUCACUCUCAACAUGGACAAUAACAACUUACAGUCCCCUACGUCAACGUUGAACUUCAUGGAGAACACCACAACAUUGCCUAUGUCAUCAUCGUCUGUUAAUGGAAUGUUUAAUGAAAACUUUGGUUGGAACUCAUCGUUUAAUCCAUGUGAAAGUGGGGAUAUUUUGAAAGUUGAAUAUGGCAGUGAUCAAAUUCCAGAGUUAAAGGAAAGAUUGGAUCAUCCAAUGGAAUUGCAUGAAAUGGACUGUUCUUCAGAGGGUACAUGGUUUCAAGAGUUGUUUGGAUUUAAUGGUUUGUGAUUCUGCAGAAGGAUUCAUCAAAGGAAAGAAAAAGCUAUCUGGUUUCAUCUUUGAAGUUCACUUAAGUGUAGGAUUUUUAUUGACAAGUGCCUUCACAUAUUACCAUUAACUGUAAUAAUAAACCUUCAAAUUAAUAAAUUUAAAAAACUCACAAGGGUUUUUGGCCUA